AUGGGACUUCUAAAGGACAACAGGAUCAUGGGACACUUAAAGGACAACAGAGUCCGCAACUACCAAAGGACUCUUAAAGGACUACUACCCUUCAUCAAUCUCCUUCACCCGCCAUCAACCCCAGCCUUCAUCAACGCCCACAGCCCGUCAUCAACCCCUAGAGCCCCAUCAUCAAUCUGCCUCACCGCUCAUCAACCCCCACAGCCCUUCAAUCAAUCUCCCUCACCUGCCCAUCAACCUCCACAGCCCUCAUCAACUCCCCUCACCCGCCUAUCAACCUCCACAGCCCUUCAUCAAUCUCACCCGCCUAUCAACCUCCACAGCCUUCACUUAAUCUCCCAUCACCUGCCCAUCAACCUACAGCCUUCAUCAAUCUCCCAUCACCUGCUCAUCAACUCCACAGCCCUUCAUCAAUCUCCACCUGCCAUCAACCUCCACAGCCCUUCAUCAAUCUCCCAUCACCCGCCCAUCAACCCACAGCCCCCCAUCAACCCCACAGCCCCCUCAAUAACCUCCACAGCCCUUCAUCAAUCUCCCAUCACCCGCUCAUCAACCUCCAUGCCCUUCAUCAAUCUCCCAUCACCUGCCCAUCAACCUCCACAGCCCCCCAUCAACCUCCACAGCCCCUUAUCAACCCCCAGCCCUCCAUCAACCCCCACAGCCCCCUUCAACUAA